GUCUCUCAGGAAGACAGUAGUUUGAGUUGUUAUGUAUGUAGUUUCUAAUUAACACUUCAGCACAAAUACUGAUUUGAUUUAUUACAAUGGCGGGUUUUUUGCCUAAAGUUACAGAGGACUUGUUCGACUCAAUUAUAAUGGCAGACGACAGAUUCCAUGUAGAUGGAUACUCCAAAGGAUUUGAAGAAGGAACGCAACAGGGAUUGUUGGAGGGCAGAAACCACGGCAUGCUUCACGGUGCGAAAUUUUCAGCUGAGGUUUCCUUUUAUCAUGGCUUUGCACUCACAUGGAAAUGUCUUCUACAAAACAGUGAAGAUGUUAAAGCAAGGAAACGACUGAAAGCUGUUGAGGCAUUGGAUGCAAUGAUCCGGAAGUUUCCAUAUGAAGACCCUGAGUAUGAGAACCUCCAGGAACACAUGGAACGAGUGAGGGCCAAAUUUAGACAGGUGUGUUCUUUACUCAACGUAGCUGCAGACUUUCGUGAGUAUGUGUCUGGAUCGGAAGGAAUGUCAUUCUGAAACUCUACAGAGGCAAACUCUGCUCUGAGGCGUCCUCCUGCGAUGUGGAUCUUCAACUCACAGCAAGCCGAAAAGAAAUGCAAUGGUGCAGUCAUGCUAUAUAUGCAGAAAUCUAGGCUUGUGAAAAGAAUUGUGGGGAUGUUUUUGGUAAAUUCAUGCUGUGGCUUUAAAGGUCAGCGCUUUUUAGUCAUCUUAAACGGUAAACAUACCAGGAAAUGAGUCAGAAGGUGACUCUUAGCACCUUGAAUGAGUAAUUUUAAGAAGAUGAGUAUGUGCUGAUCCGUGAUCAGUUACUGGUUGAAUUUGGCUUUCCGCAUGAAUUUUCUUACGUGUAUGAGAGAGAAAGAAAGAGAAAGUGUAACACCAUCUGGUGGUGAAGUUGGGGAAAAACCCCCAGCUGUAUACAUGUCUCCAUCUGCUGGAGCAAAUUAGAACUGGAAAUUUCUCUUGCUUGCUGAAUCGGUUUCUUAAUAUACAUAAUUUCAUUAAAUGUAUAUAUAUUUAAUAGAAUUACACAGAAAUGUCUGUAACCAUUUGAAGUGUCUUACUGAAAUUAUUUAUUAACGGACAAAUAAAAAUAUAUAAAAUCA